AUGGCAGAUCCUAAUAUAAGGACUACACCUAGACUUAAAGUUUCUUUAAAUAAACCCUCACAUGAUAAGAAAUUGAUUGAAAAUGAAACAAAGCCACCGCCAAACGUAAAGUUGGAGCAAUGGAAACGGUUGCAAGAAUUGAAGAGACGACGGGAAGAAAUUAAAAAUGAUGGUAACAAAAAAAAAAAAAAGCAAGAGGAUCGAGAAGAAAUAGAGAAAAGGCUGGAUCCGAAACGUUCGGAUUCAUUAUCUACAUCAGACCAAACCAUUUCUCAAUCAUCAAUGCAUCGUCUUGAUCAAACAAUUCCGAAAAGUCUAGUAAAGUACGUAAACAUGAAUUCACAUUUGAAAGGUGUAGAUCAUGGCCGUCUGGCUCCUAAGGGUCGAUUGGAGAAAGAACUUGAUAAAGCUGUAGCAAACGGUGACUUAGAUCUAGCUUCAAAAAUAAGUGACCAAAUUGCACAAAGGAAUUAUGAAAAUACGAUACAAGAAGCAAUAGAAUGUAAAGAAUAUGAUGAGAGAAAAAAACGUGAAGAAGAAUUGAAAGCGAAAAAGAAAAAACCAAAACUGAAAUGGGGGUACGUAUAA